GCUAAGUGUGUCAUCUCCACACUCCACCAGUCUGAAAUGACUCAGUUGUUGGAUUAUUACCACUGACCCUUCAAUGCUGAAAAAUAGGACGUCGUAUGCUGAACAUCAUUGUUGGCUGUAAGGAUCAUCAACCUGACAGAAAAGUAUGACAGGUGCUGUAAAGGUUUUGCUCAUGUGCUGUCUAUUUCAAGGUAUCUUGUGCCAACAAUGGGCAGCCUUCAUGCCUCAGACAGUCGAGGGACUAAGUGGAUCCUGUGUGAUGAUCCCCUGCACUUUCACCUUGCUCUCAGGCUGGGAUCAACACCUGGAUGAUUCGUGUAGAGCUAUUUGGAAGAGAGGUUGGAGACGAACGCAGGUGUUUGAUUCCAGCCUCACUGGAGAACUCGCGAGCUCUAAUAUCCUGCAAGGAAACCUAACGGGGAUCUUGCAUGAGAAGGACUGCACCACCAUCUUCAACAACCUGUCACCGGACGAUGAUGAGAGCUAUUACUUCAGACUGCAGUGUGACAACAAUCUGAAGUUCAACUUCAGAACGAGUGUUGCUAUCACCACUCAAAAUUCACUGCCCAAACCCACCAUAACUCCAUCCAGGCUGGAGGUAGAAGAAGGCACUCCAGUGAAGUUGAACUGCACGGCUGUAGCUCCCUGUCCUGUUCUUCCACCAGUUCUUACUUGGACCCCCAGUAUAGGUGACACUGACGAGAACAUGGAAACUAAAUUUGUGACCUCUGUGAUGAACUUCACAGCCUCGUACCUCCACAAUGGACAAAGGUUCUCAUGCACCGCUCUCUACAUCCGACAAGCUGGCAACAGAGACCUUCUGUAUGAAAAGAGCUUGACCCUCCAUGUUCUUUAUCCUCCAAAUAACACAUCAGUUAGCGACCCUGGCCCUGUAAGAGAGGGCAACUCAGUGACUCUGACCUGCAGCGCCAACGCAAAUCCAGCCGUAGACAGCUACACCUGGUACAAAGUGGAUGGAGAGCAGGUGUCAGCAGUAGGUUCGAAGUACAGGCUUUCAACUACGGUCUCAGAAGUGGACAGCAGAUUUUUCUGCAAAGCCAGUAACGGAUAUGGAACCCAGAACUCAUCCAUCACACAGAUAGAUGUACAAUUUCCUCCCAAGGACACCAGAGUAAUUGUUGACCCUAGUGGUCCAAUACUGGAAGGCAGCUUUGUUUCUCUGCUCUGCGAGAGCCGUGCCAACCCACCUGUGACCAACUACACCUGGUACAAAGAUAACGAGGAGGAGACGGAGCUUGGAUCAAGUCUGGUUAUAAACAAUGUCGACCCGAGCCAUAGUGGUGACUACCACUGUACGGCAAAAAGUGAGCUGGGGGAGGAAAUCUCACCGCAGAUUCAGCUGGACAUUCAGUAUCCCCCUAAGAACACCUCAGUGUCUGCUGACCCCUCUGGUCCAGUGAAGGAUGGCAGCUCUGUAACUCUGACCUGCACAAGCAUCGCCAAUCCAGCAGCGAUUAACGUCACCUGGUUCAGAGUGGCUGGAAGAGAGAAAGAAGUGGUGGGCUUUGAGGGAGACUUCACCUUCAAUGUGACCAAACUCUCAGAGGAUCAGUAUUACUGUGAAGCUCUGAAUGUCCACGGAGCUGAAUACUCAGAGCCUGCAAGCAUUGAUGUCACAUUUCCUCCAGAGAUCUUGCCUUCGUCCCACUGUGUCAAGAUUUUAUCCCUGCUCCGAUGUACCUGUGACAGCCAGGGGAACCCGCCUCCCUCCCUAGUCUGGGAAUUGGCCGGAGAGCCUGUGAAUCACUCUGCUGUCAUCCCAAUCAGGGAAGUUCCCCUGGGAAGCGUGGGCAUGAGGAGUCUCAUCACCCUGUACCAUCUUGACGAAGACAUGCCCACUCUGGUCUGCCUCAGCUUCAACUCACUGGGCUCUGAUAAUUUUGCAUUCAAUAUAUCUUCCAGCGAAACACAGCUAGACCUCCGUGCUGUUACGAUCGGCUCUGCAGUGGGAGCAGUGGGGAUGGUGCUGGUGUGUGUCCCACUGCUGCUGCUCUUUUGCAGGAAACGGAAAGGCAGCCAUUCACCCGACAAGGGAAUGGUGGACACUUCCGACUGUUUAGUUACUAAUGGGACAACCUCUUCGAAUGUGGAUGUGAUUUAUGCCAAUAAAGCCAUUCUGGAAGACGAAGGAGUGACAAAUUCUUUAAAACAGGAUGUGAUUCAUGACAAUAAAGCCACUAUGGAGGAGAAAGGAGUGAUCAAUUUGUCCAAAGAAGAUGUGAUUUAUGACAAUAAAGCCACUGUGGAAGGGGGAGGAGUAGCUGAGGAAGACCUUCUCCAGUAUGCAAAAGUGGACUUUGCUAAACUCCAGGCCAAAUCUCAGGGUAAGCUUGGGGAAGAGGAGAUCAGAGGCCUGGCCUCCAAGACGUCUGAGUAUGCUGAGAUCCGUCUGCAGUCCUGAGGAAGCAACGGAGACGCAACGGAAGAAGAGACAGUUGCUGACACUCAUUUGGGACAAGAGAAAGACACUGAUGGUCUUAUUGUAGACGAAAAGAUUAAGGAUUAAGUAUGGGGGAAAUGGUAUUUGAAACAAAGGAUCCUGGACUUUAAACAGCUAGGAGACUUCACCAGAUCUCACUUUAGUUUUAUUACAGUCAGCUGAGCUCAAAAAGUCUGCAGCAGUGGAGGCAGAAACUGCACUGCAGGCAACUUAUUUAAAGUCAGUAAAACACACUGGUGGCUUCAAGGUUAGUUCUGAACUUUUGUCACUGUAAUUUCUUUGGUUUCUCUUUACUGAAUAUAUGCAAAGCUAAACAAAAUAACCAUUAAAGGUAUUUUGAAUAAAUAUAGUAGGUAGUUACCCCACAAUCAACCAUAACAGCAAAUUCUCCCUUCAAACUCACAACCUUUAUUCUUCUUUGUGGUUCAAUACUAUAGAAAAAUCCUGCCACAUUUAAUUAUUGUUGAUAUUUAAUAUUUCACUGCUAACUUUGUCAAUUUAUCAAAUAAAACCUUUUUGCAGAGGAAAGAAGCAGUUACACACUUUGUCUGACUUUUUUUUAUUGACAGUUUUGUAUUUAUUUUGUGUUAAAGUUCCAGCAUGUAGGAUUUAGUGGCAUCUAGACGUAAUAAUGUAGAGCUGAAAUUUCUCCCGCAUGCAAACCACAAAAACACGAACGGACCGAUCUCGAGUUUUUUUAUUUGUCUGUUCUGGGCUACUUUAGAACAACAUGGAGGACUUUGGGAAGAGGACCUACUCUGUCUGUAUGUAUAAAUAUACAGCUGGUACUAAGGUAAUGAAAACACAAUGAUUCUUAUUUUCAGGUGAUUAUAAACUAAUGAAAUAAUAAUGAAUAUUAAAUACCAUUUCCAUCAAUAGAUGCCCCUAAGCCCCACACACUGGACUAUAUGUAAAUGUUUGUGCUUGUUUAAAAAAAAAAGAAAGAAAGACAGACAUUCUUUCUGCUCUUUGGUCGGCAGUUACAUAGUUACGUACAAAAGCUGAACUCAAAGCCUGUCAUGAAAUGAUGCAAUAUUCAUAUGACACAUUGUUUUAACAUGUAUGUUUCAGAAAAAAGCCUCAGUAAAGAACUGCUGCACAGCAUAACAGUAUUAA